UCAAAAAAAGCACCCAAAAAUCCAAAUCCUCAGCUCGUCUUCUUCCCCAAACCCCUCCCUCUCUCUCUCUCUCUCUCUCUCUCUCUGCAUCUGAAAAAUUUCCCAUCAGACCUCUCCCAAACCCUAAUUCCAGCUCCUUCCCAUCAGACGAGAGGCUCCAGCUACUAGAAGGACGAUGAUCGUCCGUACCUACACCCGUCGGAACCGCUGCAUCUCUCGAACCUUCUCCGACUCUUCUUUCGAUGGCGGAGUUAUGGAGGAUUCUGUCUCCCAAGAAUCCCUCUCUCAAGAGAUCUACCCCGUCCCUUUCUCUUCCCAAGAUUCCUCUCAAUGGUCCCUUGAUGCCGAUCUCAACGGCUCUGAUACCUUCUCCCUCCUUCCCCCUCCUCCUCCUCGCCCGGCCCCCGUGAAGAAGCCGUCCAAGAAGCCGAAGAACCUCCGCAGCUCUUCGUCGACGAUGGUCAGGUCUUCGUCCGUGCCAACGUCGACGCUGAUGGAAGCGCAGGAGUUUGGGGAGAUGAUGGAGCACGUCGAUGAGGUGAAUUUUGCGCUGGACGGGCUGAGGCCUGGGCACCCUGCGCGGGUCCGGCGUGGCAGCCUGCUGUCGCUGCUGUCGAUCUGCGGGUCUGCUGUUCAGCGGCGGCUCCUCAGGGCGAAGGGGAUGAUGAAAACAAUUAUUGACGCUAUUCUUGGUCUCACCUUUGAUGAUUCCCCCAGCACUCUUGCUGCUUCAGCUCUUUUCUAUGUUUUGGCAAGUGAUGGUCAAGAUGAAUAUCUGCUGGAUUCAACUCCAUGUAUUCGUUUUCUUCUUAAGUUAUUGAAUCCACCCACAUCCGACAGUAUUGAGGACAAAGCACCAAGCUUUGGAGGUAAACUUCUGGCAAUACGCAAUGGUCCUGGCAUAUUGAGAGGUAUGACUCAAAGAUUAGAUUCUAGUGCCACUGCAAUCAUUUCAAAAGUUCAAGAGAUUCUUUUGAGUUGCAAAGAGGUAAAACCGAGCAACAGAGAUGAUGAUGGAAUCGGGAGGCCAGAGUUGAGCUCAAAAUGGAUAUCUCUGCUGACAAUGGAGAAAGCAUGCUUAUCUACUGUUUCUCUUGAAGAUACAUCUGGUAUUGUGAGAAGGGUUGGGGGAAAUUUUAAGGAAAGAUUACGAGAACUUGGAGGACUUGAUGCAGUCUUUGAUGUUGCUGCAAGUUGCCACUCUGUUAUGGAGGGAUGGUUAAAACAUGGUUUCCCUUCCUUUCGGGAGUCAAAAGAUGAUGCAGCUUUGCGAAGUGUAGUACUGCUAUUAAAAUGUUUGAAGAUCAUGGAAAAUGCAACUUUUCUGAGUAAGGAUAAUCAGAACCACCUGCUUGGUAUGAGUGCAAAAUCGGAUAGAGAAGGAUUGCCCAUAUCUUUCGUUGGCCUCAUUAUAAGUGCCAUCAAAAUUCUUUCAGGUCUUUCAUUGCUUCAAAAUUCAUCCUCCAUUUCCAAUGAUAAGAAGUCAAAUAAUCUCUUGGGUGGGGUCAAAGCUCAAUCUAGUCCUGCUUCUGAAGUUCAGUUACAAGCAGUUCAUAAAGGUGAUCGGAAUGGUAUUUCAUCUAGCAAUUCUAUUGGGGGUUGCAUCAUGAGGGCCUCGCUUAUCAAUAGCUCCAGACUAUCACUAAAACGUCAAAGAUUGUCUACUUCCCAGUCAGAGUCGUCUAUAUCUGGUUCUGAAUCUACUACCACGUCUGGUUCUGAUGUUUAUCUCACAAUGAAGGGAGACAAUUCCCUUGGACCAAUCUCAUGUAAUGGAACAUUAAGAGGUUCAAAUCGAGGAACCUCCACGUAUGCUAAUGGAUCAAAGAUGGAUUCUGUUCGCUUGGGUAAGAGGCCUCAUUUGUCAGGAGACGAUAAAUGUAAAGCUCUGGAGGAUAGCCAAGAUCCAUUUGCAUUCAAUGAAUUCGACGACCCAGAACCCACUAAGUGGGAGGUGCCAUCGACUAAAAAAGCACCUCGAGCUCACAAAAGCAGGCUAAUAAACAGAGAACUGGAGGAUGGGCAUGAUCUCCAGCUUGUAACUAGCAACUCUGAUCCAGUCAAUGAAGUCACCCAACAUUCUGUUGGGGCCUCUUGUUCAUCUGUUGCUGAAGAAGAAGAUUCCGGACUUCUGGAUGAUUGCCUUCUUACUGCUGUCAAGGUUCUGAUGAACCUAACAAAUGACAAUCCUGAUGGCUGUCAGCAAAUUGCUGAUUGCGGAGGACUGGACACAAUGGCUGCCUUGAUCAUUGGUCACUUCCCAUUGUUUGGCGCGUGCCUAUCUACAAAUAAUCAAAUGAAAGAGAGCAUCUCAUUCUCUAAAAUUGAAAGCAAUGAUCCUGAUAAUCAGAAUGGCAAACAUCUCGCAGAUCAAGAACUUGAUUUUCUAGUCGCUAUUUUGGGCUUGCUUGUGAACUUGGUGGAGAAGGACAGUCGAAACAGAUCUCGGCUUGCAGCAGCCAGUGUUCCAUUACCCAGGUCAGGAGGAGCAGAGGGAGAAGAGAACAACAGGGAUGUAAUUCCAUUACUGUGCUCCAUAUUUUUGGCCAAUCAAGGAGCUGGUGAGGCAGCUGGAGAAGGCAGGCAGUUAGAAUGGGAUGACGAGGAUGCUCUUUUGCAAGGAGAGCGUGAAGCAGAAAAGAUGAUUAUCGAGGCUUAUGCAGCGCUUCUACUUGCAUUCCUUUCAACAGAAAGCACCGACAUACGCGAAGCCAUUGCUUGCUGCCUACCAGACGGCAAGUUGAGAGUUCUUGUACCUGUCCUUGAGAGAUUUGUGGCAUUUCAUUUGACCUUGAACAUGAUAUCGCCGGAGUCCCACACAGCUGUCAGUGAAGUAAUUGAAUCUUGUAGAGGGCCUUAAGAAGGGAGGACAUUUUGCAUCUGUACAGCUUUCCCCCCGUCUCUCUCUUGUUCGACUUCGUACUCGAGAAGUUGAUUUCCACCGGAGCCUUGCAACCGGAGUCAGGAUGGCGGCUGCCAUGACUGCACCAGAAUUGGGACUGACCACAAGAGGGGUACUGUAACAUGAUUUUUUGUUUUUCCGGUCAUCUUCUUUUACAUUAUUUUUUUCCUCUCUUCUGCAUUGUAACAUGAUUUUCAUUGCAUGGUGCUUCAUCUGAUGUUGAAUGCAUAGUGAUGUAUAAUACGUACAGGGCCCCACGUGACCCAAGAUUUCUCAGAUUAAUCAAAUAUAUAUCAUCAUUUCAAGUGAAUAAUCUUUCA